AUGGCUGGUAACCUGCAAAGAUCACUCAGAGGACCAAGUAAUCCACCUCAUGUCAAAGAACCUUUCCUGAAGAUGGUCCAUGCCCAUGAGUCCCUCCCAACCUCCCAAACAUGGGCUCAGCGUGAGUUCCUCCACCCCAGUGAGUCCUGGAAGCUCCCUGGCUUUACCUGGCAGGCUUACCACCAGCUGGCCCUGAAGCACCCACCCUGCACAGAAAUGAAGUCCAAGGUGCGUCAUCGGCUAAUCCACCCUUGGAAGGACACAGCUCAGCACACCUGGGGCUUUCACACGUGGCUUGAUGUGGGGCGUUUGCCUGCCACCUUCCCCAGUCGGCCUGACCAACCCUAUGACAGCAAUGUCUGGCGAUGGCUGAUUGAUUCCAAUGCCCACUACCAACCUGCAGCAAAGCCCCCUAUCCCUCCUCCCUCUUGGAUGGGGAAAAACAGCUUCCUGACCUUCAUCAGCUGUACUCCCAUCUUCACGGACAUGAAUAGGAAGAAGCGGGUGAUUUUCAGUGUGAUGAAAGAGCUGAAGGAGACGGAGAAGCUCAAGCUGAGGAGUGAAACAAGGGUACCUCCACUCGAUGUCCAUGGCCACAACCUGCCCCCAGCAAACUAUAAGAAGUAA